CUAGCUUUCCAAAUUUCGUCUGCCAACUUCAUAAAUGAACUACGUGUAACAAAUGAUAAACGCUAAAAUUUUUAUCAUCAUUUGUCCUGAAAAUUGAUAAAGUCCAACCACCAUCAUGUUUAAAAAGAUGAAAAAGCAGAUAGAGGACAAGGAGGCCAAGUCUCCUCUUCGUCCUCCGGAUCAAAAGAAGGGAAUAAACCAGACCCCCAAUGACAAGACCCCCAGCGGUGCGGAAGCCAGACCUAGAACCCCUUCCUCUACCAGUACUACACCAGGAACCCCUAACCAGGGACCUCGGAACAAAGUCAGCUCAUCAGCUCCAGAGGCUGAACAAGCAAUCAUCAAACAAUCAACACCCUUGGAAAAUGCUGCAACACCGCCUCGGCCUAAGCAAGGUGCACCCCCAUCCCUGGGUGAAAGCCCCCUCUUCCCUCAGUACCAGGCCCCUACCAGCGUCUAUGAAGCGCCCUCUGAUACCGAGAGCGAGAUGGAAGAAUCGGGAUUGACCAUGGAUUCCAUGAGAAAAGAAGAGCUGUUCCAGCGCUAUAAGCUCAUGGAGAGGAGCUCGUUCAAAUACAGGACAAGAUAUAAGGAGGCCUCAGGAGCGUAUAAAGACUUACAAAAGGAAAAUGAGAAAAUCAAGAAUAUCAUGUCACAAACUCAGGAUAAAGCACUCAGGAGAAUAUCAGAACUCAAAGAGGCAGCUGAACUUGACAGGGGGGCCAAGAUGCACAUGGAAGAAACAUUCCGUUUAUCUCUCGAAGAGAAAGAUGAGAUGGUAAAAGUACUACAAACACAGGUUAAAUUAUUGAAGACAGGAAAGAGUGUUGAUGAGACUGAUAGCUCAGAUAAACCUCCUGCAAGCCCCUCUACCCUAGCAGCCUCAGGGGAGGGUGAUACUGCUACCAUGGAAACAGUCAACAACCUUAAAGAAAAGGUGAAACGCUUAGAAAACUUGCUUGGAAAAUGUAAAGAAACCAUUGGCAAGAACAAAGAGAGGACUGCCCAGCUUGUUAGUGAGAAAGAAGCUACAGCAAAAGAACUAGAACAAUUAAAGGAGCAGCAUAGUCUGGAGCAAGCCAAGUUUGCUGAGAAACUGAGCAAGGCCAAGGACGAGCUUGACCAGUCCGUCGAGGAGAAAGCCUUGGCCAUUGCAGAAACCAAACAGAUGAUGCAUGGUGAGCUUGAACACAGAGAGCAACAAAUCUCAGAGCUGAGGGCUAAAGCACAGGCUGCUGCCAAUGAAGCUGAGAUGCUCAAAGCUGAAGGAGAGAAGAACAAGAAACAAAUUGGGGAGCUAAAAGCGGAACUAGAGAAGCAGUUAUCUGAAUCUGAGGCUCGGAGUGAUCAAGAGAAGCAGAGUCUAGCCCAAGAGCUCUCCAGGGGAAAACAAGCCGUCAUAGGUCUCAUGCAGGUAAGAGGGACCAUUUGUCCCUUCUUUCUUAUCUACCCAUCUUUGAAUGCAUUAUCUUUCUAUGAUACUGGGCCUGUUAAUCCAUGCGUGCAUGCAUCUGUCCGCCCAUCCCUCCGUCCGUCCAACCAUCCAUCCAACCAUCCAUCCUUUCAUCCAUCCAACCAUCCAUCCAUCAAUCCAUCUAUCCAACCGUCCGUCUGUCUGUCUGUCCAUCCAUCCAUCUAUAUUUUAUUGUUUAAAAGAGAAAUUAGAAAUCCUCUGAAAAUUCAGUUUUUCCCAAUUGAUCGCGGGCUCGGCAGCCAUUGAGCAGCGCCAGAUUGACAUUGCUCUUUCCCUUAAAUCGUUGAAUGCCAAACAGCGUAGCAGCAACUUCCAUCUUUUAACAUCCUUUGGUCUGACGUGGCCGGGGCUUGAACUCCUGACCUCCCGGUUUGGAGGUGGACGCUCUUUCAACCAAGCCAACACAGCAGUUUAAAAGAAAUUGAAUAGUAAAAAAGGCAUUCAUAUUAGUACACCUUAGAUCUAGAAAUAAUCUAUUCCUACAUGUGCACUAUGAAAUGUUACAUUUCACAGACCAAUAAACAGAAAUUGAAAUUGAUUGAUUGAAUUGAUAAUCUGGCUUUAGCCAUCCCAUGUGGUAUUAGCCUAUGUGAGAAGAAGACCAUCUGCUUGUGAAUCAAGUGAAUAUAAACCCUUACAUUUUACUUGUCAAAUAAAUACAUGUACAUGUACACCUGAGCCCCGUCUUACAAAGAGUUACGAUUGAUCCAAUCAAUCUCAACUGUAUGGAAAUCCAUCCAUACCAUAAUUGUUCCUACAGGAAAUUUGCACAAUCUCCUUAUUAAACAAAGAGAAUCUCACUGAAUCUUCAAGAGAACGAUGAAUGUAUGAAUACAUCUUAUCUGGAAAAUCAUUUUUAAGAAAUUUUUAAGGUUUUGACGUUGCUGGCCGUCCAUAGUUGUGAUUGAUCGGAUCAAUCGCAACUCUUUGUAAGACGGGGCCCAGACUAUUAACAUGUACAUGUAGGAUAGAUUUUAGAUUUCUGUAUAUCUAUAGGCUAUAUAUUUACGUACAGUUACAUGCACAUGAAGCUGCACCGCUGAUGGUGGUAGAACUCCCAUAUUUUUUUUCAUUCAGCAUGCCUGCAUGAAGCUUCAUGUACCUUUAAAAGAGGAACGAAUGUUCCCAGCAUGAUAUUUCAGAAUUUCUCAGGAACUUGUCGCUUGUGAGGAACUGGUCAUAAGAUGAACCUCCAUCAACACCGUCAUACUGACACCCAUCAAGAUCAUCUGAUACUGUAUGGUGUUAGGAGGUUGAAAGAAGGUCACAUGGAACUUUCAUGUAAAUUAAGGCACAAAACCCCUCAAACUUUGUUUGUUGCUAGACGACCAACCCUCAUAAAAAAGUUGCUAUGAUAGCAACUCAUGCUGGAAUAUCAUCUUUCACUGGAAGAGCCAAUCAAAAAUCAAAAUUUUCACUGUAGUUGUCAUUCAAGAAAGACUUGCUAUCAAGUACCAUAGCAACUCUUUCUGAAAUGGGGCCCAGCUGACUUUUAUUUAUUAAUUCAAAUGUGACCCACCCCCAAAAAAAAGAAGAAAAAAAACUCAAACAAGAUCUGUGACAUCACCCAAUACAACUCUCCCCUUGG